AUGGAGACGCUGGCCAGCGCCAUGCGGCGCGAGAACCGCCGGUCCAAGGCCCCGUCCUCCUCCUCCGUCGCCACCGCCCUCGCCUCGGGCAGGGUCCCUCUCGUCAUGGCCUUCCUCUCCUGCCUCGCCUGGCUCUACGUCGCCGGCCGGUUGUGGCAGGACGCGCAGACCCGGGCGAUCCUGUCAGGAUUCCUCGAGAAGAGCUCUGGCAGCGUCCCGAAGGUGCUCUCGGUGGAGGACAAGCUUAGGAACCUCGGAUGCAAGGCGAUUGGAAGCAAAAUUGUUGAGGCGGAGAUGGACCUGACCAAGGCCAAGAGCGAGGGGUACCUGUGGGGGAACAGGACUGCAGCUGUGGACUCUGACAAGAAGAAGCAGCUUCUUGCCGUCAUUGGAGUUUACACUGGGUUUGGAUCCCGUCUCAAGAGGAACGUCUUCCGUGGCUCCUGGAUGCCCAGAGGUGAUGCUCUGAAGAAGCUUGAGGAAAAGGGUGUAGUUAUUCGUUUUGUUAUUGGUCGGAGUGCAAAUCGAGGUGAUAGCUUGGACCGUAAUAUUGACGAUGAAAAUCGGCAGACAAAGGACUUCUUGAUUCUUGAAAGUCAAGAAGAGGCUGCAGAAGAAUUACCGAGCAAAGCAAAGUUUUUCUUCAGUGCCGAGUUGAAACCUGGGAUGCAGAAUUCUAUGUGA